AUGACAUUCUAAUCUAGUCUCCCUGAGAUUGAUAUAAUACCAGAGGGUGAAAACAAGGAUCAAUCCUACCUUUAAUAAUUAUUGCAUAACAGGACUCCCAAUCCCAAAGCUUAAGAAUAACAAGAAAUGCUCAUUGAGGAACAAUCGCCCCCUGUUAGGAGGAAGUUGUUUUAAGAGAGAAAACUGUAUAAAGGUGAAAGUGACAUCGAAGAGGAAGUCGAAGAAAUCAAGCAAAUGGCAAAAGUAAAAUCGGAUAAUCGAUCGGCAUUGCCAGGAUAUUAGGUUCAUAAAGAUUACACAGUGAUGCUCAAUUUGACAGAUAUUUCUUAUGGAGUCAAGGGUCACAACAAGUUCUAUUAGAUAUAGGUCUUGAAGAAGGAUGGUGACUACUUUCUAUUCACUAAAUGGGGAAGAACUGGCGCAUCGAAUCCAUAGUAAGAAAUCAAAGAAAGCGAUCUGGUCACAGCUAUAAAAGGGUUUGAGAAGAAAUUCCGAGAUAAAACCCAUUGGGAUUGGAGAGAGAGAACUGAAUUCAAAUAAUAACCAGGGAAAUAUUGCAUAGUCGAUGUUUUGGGAGGAGGAGGAGGUUCUGUGAAUAGUGAAAUAGAGAAGUUGAAUUAAAGAAAUGGAAGAAUUGCAGCCAGGAUCAAGAACUUACCUUCCACUCUAGAUCCUCCAAUAUUUGAAUUGAUGAGUGAAAUUUGGGAUAUUCAAAGGAUGAACAAAACUCUUAAAGAAUUGAACUUUGAUACUGAUAAGAAUCCAUUGGGUCGUUUGUCUGUGGAGGCCAUCAAGAAAGGGUUCAAAAUACUCAAUGAAAUUCAAUAAGCCCUAAGAGACUUCAAAUAUAGUUUAUUGGUUGAUCUUACUAACGAGUUCUAUACAAAUAUCCCUUAAAACUAUGGCAUGAAAUUACCACCUAAGAUUGAUAAUUAUGAAAUCUUAGGCUAAAAGAACUAAUUAUUGACUGUGCUAUAAGAAUUAGAAUUGGCUAAUCGAUACAUCAACAGUACUUUGGCUGAGAACAGUGACGUCAAUCCUCUAGAUUAAUUUUACAGACUAUUAAAAACGAAUAUUAGAGAGUGUUAAGAUUUCGAUGUCAUUUCUAAAAUUGAACAUUCUAUCAAUGUAUCGCAUGGUCCAACUCAUGAGAAAUUUAAAUUGUAAGUAGCAAAAGUCUAUGAAGUUGAAAGAAAAAACGAAAAAAUUAGAUUCUUUCCAUUCAAAGCCUUAGAAAAUAGAAAACUAUUGUGGCAUGGAUCAAGAAUCACAAAUUUUGUAGGAAUAUUAUCAGAAGGAUUAAAAAUAGCACCUCCAGAAGCCCCAAGUACUGGUUAUAUGUUUGGAAAAGGAGUUUAUUUUGCUGAUAUUUGCUCCAAAUCAGCUGGCUAUUGUGUUGCCAACAUUGAUCAUCCUUAUGGAUAUGUGUUAUUAUGCGAGGUUGCUCUGGGCAACACCUAUUAAAUUUAUAAAGCUAAGGAUCAUGUUAGACCCCCUCAAAAUUACCAUAGCAUACAUGCAGUAGGCAGAAAUCAUGCAGAUCCUAAAACCAGAGAGAAGAUUAAUAACCUAGAUUUUGAGUCUGGAAAAGUCAUCCCAAAUGAAGAAUUAAAGAUCCACAACAUUGAAUCAAGUCUAAUUUACAAUGAAUAUGUGGUUUAUGAUGUUGCUUAAGUGCAAAUUCACUAUCUAAUAAAACUUAAAUUUAUAUUUUGAAUUUGAAGUUAUUUAUAAUAUAAAUAUCUCAU